AUGGCUUUCUACAAAGUGAUCUGUGUGGCUGCUGUGCUGAUGCUGCUGACCCAAGAGUCUGAGUCACAGCUAAAUGUUUGCGGUCAGCCAAGUCUGAACACCAGGAUUGUAGGAGGACAGGACGCCCCUCCUGGCAGCUGGCCCUGGCAGGUCAGUCUGCAAAGAUCUGGGGGGCACUUCUGUGGAGGAUCCCUCAUUAACAAUCAGUGGGUGCUGUGUGCUGCUCACUGCUUUCGAAGUAUCACCGAAAGCAGUGUGACUGUGUAUCUGGGCCUUCAGAGUCUACAGGGAUCCAACCCCAAUGCGGUGUCUCGGACAGUAUCACAGGUCAUCAAACACCCCAACUAUAACUCUGGUACAGAUGACAACGACAUCGCUCUCCUGAUGCUCUCCUCAUCAGUGACUUUCACCAACUACAUUGCUCCCGUCUGCCUGGCAGCCUCAGGCAGCACCUUCUACAGCGGCAUUAACACCUGGGUCACCGGCUGGGGCGAUACUGGAAGAGGAGUGUCCCCUCCUUCCCCACAAAACCUGAUGGAGGUGGAGGUUCCCAUUGUGGGAAACAGGAAGUGUAACUGUAACUAUGGAGUGGGAAAAAUCACUGACAACAUGGUCUGUGCCGGGUUAUCUGCAGGAGGAAAGGACUCCUGUCAGGGGGAUUCAGGGGGUCCACUGGUGAGCAAGCAGAACGGUCGCUGGAUUCAGGCGGGAAUCGUCAGUUUUGGGGAAGGUUGUGCUGAGCCGAAUUUCCCAGGAGUCUACACCAGAGUAUCCCGGUACCAGACCUGGAUCAACAGCCAGAUCACCUCCAACCAGCCGGGGUUCAUCACAUUCACAUCCACUGGGACUGACAGUGACCUGAGUGUCUCCUGCACAGGACUGCCACCAGUGCCAACCACCACUACAACCUCCAGCACCACCCGUCCAACCACCACCACCCGUCUAACAACCCCUUCUGCACUGGUGGUCUGUGGACAAGCUCCGAGGAAUUCUCGCAUUUCUGGUGGAACAUCAGUGGCAACAGCCGGCUCGUGGCCGUGGAUGGCGAGUUUACAGAAGAAUGGAAGUCACAUGUGUGCUGGGACGCUGGUGGCUGUGGACUCAGUGCUGACCAACUCCAACUGUUUCUCAAGCUCCUCUGUAGCGUCUGAGUGGACUGUCGUGUUGGGUCGUCUGAAGCAAAAUGGAUCCAACCCCUUUGAGGUGACACUGAACGUGACAAAUAUCACUCUGAGCCACACAAAUGGCACCAACAUAGCCAUUCUCCAUCUAUCAGCCAGGCCCACUCUGACCGACUACAUCCAGCCUAUCUGCUUGGACAACGGACGAACCUUCUCCGAGGGCUCGGUGUGCUGGGCAGCCGGCUGGACUGCUGGAAGAGGAGGGGCUGAGCAAGCUCUGCAGGAGUUUCAGACCUCAGUGGUAAAUUGUGGGAAUGCAUCAUCGAGUGAGAGCAUCUGUACAGGAUCUUUUACUCUGGAGCAGGGCGAUUCUGGUGGACCACUGAUGUGUAAGCAGGACGGCUCUUGGUUCCAGGCGGCCGUGUUAACAGCUCAAAGCACCUCCACCAGGAAAAGACGAGCAAUUCGAGUCAUGAGCUUCACCAGAGUGAGCAGCUUUAACACCUUCCUGACUAAGACUUUGGGGAUGCUCUUGUCUCCACCCUCUACCAGUAAUACCACCAACACCACCACGACCAUCACACCUACAACCAUAUCACAAACCAGUGGGGGCCCUCCUGCUCACUCCCUCACCUUUUCCUUCUUCCAUCUCCUCAACCUCGCCUUAUGUCUCCAACUCUUCCUGUAG